CGAACGAAUUAAAGAGGAAGGAAGUAGUGACAGUGUAGAUGAUAAUCAUACUGCUUUAAUAAACAGUGACGCGUCUGCCAAAAUAAUUACUCCACCGAAGACCAGGAUAUUUGCAACACAAGAAGAA